AUGACAAAACUUGAGCACGGGUUUUUAUCGAUCAAAAAGAGCAAUCUAAGCGAUUUCACGUGUAGAGCAAGGUGUUACGACUACAAACAUUCGACGAGAUCAAUCCCAAGAAAUUGGACAGAAAUCGAGGAGACUUUGCCAAUGAAAUUCGACUGUGAUUUUGUUCACGCUGAGUGCAUCGAUGACCAGGAAAUGAUACUGGACAGCUAUUUGCAUACACAGAUUGUGGAAAAUGAUAAAAGUACGGUCACUCUAUCAACGAAUCUCCCAAAUGCUAAAAUGCCGGAUGUUUAUUUGAUCAUUAUCGACUCUCUUUCAUCAACGCAAGCAAGAAGAACACUUCCCCGAACACUGAGCUUUUUGGAGAGUGAAAUGGGCGGAAUGCAUAUGCAUCAUUUGAAUAAAGUUGGAGAGAACUCUCGCCCAAAUGGUUUUGCCAUAUUGAUGAAUUGGCGAAUUCAAUACAUUCGUCGGCAAGCCUACGGGGGAACUGAUCUGCACACGCUGUACAAUCGGACAAUGUACUGCGAUACGUAUCACGACGAUGAUUUCGUGAUCUUUCGCGAAUUCGAGAAAAUCGGCUACAAAACGAUGUACAAUGACGAUUACUCAUCGGGCAAUGUUUUCACAUGGCCGAAUUGCAAAGGCUUCACAAAGCAUGAAGCAAAUCAUGGUUUUCGCCCAUUUAUCUACGCCUGGGGACAUCACAAACCCCUCCAAGAGCACGUGAACGCAAAAAAUUGUCUGGAAAAAUUCGCACUCCAACUGCAGUAUAUCUCGAAAUUUGUCAACUCUUAUAAUGGAACGAAUAAAUUCGUGCUAGAUUGGAUGUCAGCGUUGAGCCAUGACGAUCCGAAUGAUCUCUUUCAUGCGGAUGAAGCCUAUGAGAGUUUCUUCCGAACGAAUCAGAAAAAGUUUGAGAAUGCUUUCAUCUUUUUCAUGGGCGAUCACGGGCCAAGAUUUGGAGCGGUUCCAAGGACAAAGCUGGGUCGACGAGAGCUGAAAAACCCGCUUCUGCACAUCACUGUACCAAAAUGGUUACAAAGCAAUGAACAGUUAAUGUCGAAUCUCCGAGAAAAUUCAUUAAAACUCCUGACUCAAUACGAUGUUUUUGCGACACUUCUCGAUAUUUUGAAGUACUCACCCCAAUCGAAUUACACUGAUUUCUCGUUUAUUCCAAUGGACGAAUCGAAAAUGAACAAUGGCACCUCAAUUCUGCGUCCACUUGGCCCAUUCUCACAUCGAAAUUGUCGAAAUAUACCCACUGAUGCAACGUAUUGUUUAUGUGAAUAUCGAAAGGAGAGAAUCAGUGAUUCGAAAUUGCAGAAGGUUAUGGGAAAUCUUUUGGUGAAUGCGAUAAACAAUGAGUUGAUUGAGAAGAAUUUGACGGCGUUGUGUAGACAACUCGAGUUGGAUAAGGUGAUAGCUGCGAAUUCCUAUGUGCCGAUCGAGAAGACUUUCCUCUACGAGAUUGUGAUUAAAACGAAGCCGGGUGGCGGAGAGUUCAGUAGUGUACUCAAAUCCUCAAACUCAAUCGAUUUCGUGUUGAAGGGUGACAUUCUACGAAUUAAUUCUUAUGGAAAAGCGGGUGAUUGUGUGGCGAGUAGUUUCUCUGAGAUGCGUCCACUUUGCCUAUGUUUCGAUUAUAAGCCACCACCAAAAAAGGGAAAGAAU